AUGAGCUACCACAACAACAACAACAACAACCAGGGCAGCAAUGUCCAGGGCGAAGCUGCCUCUUACUACGCCGCUGCUGCCCAACAGACCCAACAGCACUACCAAGGCAGCAACCAACAGCAUGGCGAUCAACAGGAGCGUGGCUUCCUCGGCGCCGUUGGUGGUGGUAUCGCCGGUGGUUUCGGUGGUAACAAGAUUGGCGGCAAGACCGGCCACAGCAAGCUGAGCACCGUCCUCGGCGCUGUUGCUGGUGCAGUUGCCGGUCACAAGCUGCAGGACGGUGUUGAGGACUGGAAGGACAAGAAGGACGAAGAGAAGGAGAAGAAGAAGAAGGAGGAAGAGGACAGGAUCCGCCGCGAGGAGGAGGAGAAGAGGAAGAGAGAGGAGGACGAGAAGAGACGGAAGGAGGAUGAAGACAGAAGGAGGAGAGAUGACGAGGACCGCAAGCGCAGGGACGAGGAGGACAGACGCAGAAGAGAAGAGGAGGACCGGAGACGCGCUUCUCAGCCACAGCAACAGCAGCAACACCAUCACAGCAACCAGCCUCGCGAUCACGGUGUUAGCCAUGGCGGCAACUUCAGCGGUUCCGCCAAGGAUAUCCGCUUGGACGCCCACGGCGAGUUCAUGCUGCACUGCGAGUGCCGCCGUCUUGAUGGCUCCUACCAGCCCACCAGCAUCAGCCUGAACAAGAUCAUCGAGAACAGCAACGGCAACUUCCGCUGGACUUCUGGUGGCGCCAACAUCAACAGCUGCGGCAACAAGCCCAGCAGCGUGACUGUUCAGCCCGGCGACACCCUCCGCGACAUUGCCCAGCGUCACGGUACCAACUGGCAAGAGCUGGCCAAGAUCAACUGCCUCCAGAAUCCCGAUUUGAUCCACCCCGGUCAAGUGAUCAAGCUUCCUGGAGGUGGUAGCCAGGGCGGCCAGGCUGGCGGCAACUUUGGUUCUUCGGCGAGAAAUGUGCGCCUUGAGGACUGCGGCAAGAGACUGGUUGCCGAGCUUCGCAGAGGUGAUGGCUGCUGGGUCAGCAGCUCCCUCAAUCUGGAUGAGCGGAUAGGAAACGCCAACGGUACUCUACAGUUCAAGUAG